AUGUCUGACCAACCAAACACCAACAGCUCGUCGUUGGGGUCCAUGUCGUCUUUGGGCUCCAACCCGCUUGGCAUCAGUGUCAAAAAGUCGAACGAGCGCGCUCCGGCUCUCGACGGCACGGGCAGCGACGAGGAGAUGAACGACCCCGACACAGACAACGAGCAGCACGCGCGCAAGCUGCUUUUGCGGUCGAGGGCGCGGAACGGCUCGAUCACGUCGGAGUCGGGCUACACGUCGAGCGCGACUCGCAGUCCGAUCGCCGUGCUUCCGCCCGAGAUCCUGUGUGUGAUAUUUUCGUACCUAAACUCCAAGUCGGAUCUCAUUUCUGUGGCGCUGACGUGCCGGUACUGGGCGAAUCUGAUCAUCGAGCUGAUCUGGUUCCGGCCUGGGAUUUCCUCGCGCGUGAUUUUCGAGCGACUGGGCAAGGUGAUGGCUAUUCCGCGCACACAGACGGCGUGGGACUAUAGAAAAUACAUCAAGCGACUGAACCUCUCGCUCGUGCCGCAUCUGGUGACCAACGAGUACCUGAGCCUGUUUUCCGGGGCCAACCACCUAGAGAGAAUCACGCUCGUGAACUGCUCCAACAUCUCGCACGAGCACAUAUCCAAAAUUAUUCGCGGCUGCCACAGACUGCAGUCGAUCGACCUCACGGGCGUCAAGGGCAUCCAGGACGACAUAUACUACGAGCUGGCCAACAACUGCAAGCGGCUCCAGGGCCUGUAUGCGCCAGGGUCGUUCCAGGUCUCGAAAGCGGCUGUUCUGGCGCUGAUCAGCAGCUGUCCGCUGCUCAAGCGGGUCAAGCUGAGCGACUGCAACAACGUCGACGACGAGGUCGUCGACCAGCUGGUCCAGCACUGUCCGAACCUCGUCGAGAUCGAUCUGCAUGGCUGCGAAAAGGUGACCAACAAGUCGCUGCACAAUUUAUUCUCUAGACUCGAGUUUCUGAAGGAGUUCAAGAUCUCGAAGAACGCAAACAUCUCGUACGAGUGCUUCGAGUCCAAGACGGGCGCCCAGCUGUGUCUGGACAAGAUGCGGAUCCUCGACUUCACGCAAUGUCUCAACAUCACCGACAGAGCCGUCGAGAAGGUGAUCAAGCUGGCCCCGAAGCUGCGGAACGUGGUGCUGUCGAAGUGCACGGCCAUCACCGACGCGUCGCUCCGGGCCAUCGCGACGCUGGGCAAGAACCUGCACUACGUGCAUCUCGGCCAUUGCAGCAACAUCACAGACUUUGGAGCCAAAGACCUCAUAAAAAGCUGCUACCGGUUGCAGUAUAUCGACCUUGCAUGUUGUACACAGCUGACCAACGAGACCGUGUACGAGCUGUCGCAGCUGCCCCGACUGAGGCGGAUCGGGCUGGUGAAGUGCGCGCAGAUCACCGACGAGGGCAUUCUUGCCCUUGCCAACAACGCCAGAAACAGCGACGACACCUUGGAGCGUGUCCAUCUCAGUUAUUGCAUGAAUCUAACCAUAUAUCCGAUCUACAGGCUGCUCAAGGCCUGUCCGAAACUUACACACAUAUCGCUCACGGGAGUGUCUCAGUUCCUGCGGCCGGACAUCACCCAGUUCUGCCGCGAGCCUCCACAGGAGUUCAAUUUGCAUCAAAAAUCCAUCUUUUGCGUUUUCAGCGGUGAGGGAGUCGCCCAGCUGCGCAACCAUCUGCUGCAGCUGUUCGAGACUCCCCAGGAUCCAGAAAGAGAGGCUGCCGAGCUGCUAGAUAUCAUUGCUGCGGUCAUUGAGGGCGUCGACGACGUCAACAGCGCCCUUUUCAGCGCCGACCCUAUACAGAGAGAGAGGCUGCGCGUGUUUGUGGACACGCUGGACCGCUUCAUCAACGAGUUCCACGGUCUGAACGUGCCGCGCGCGCAUCUGGAGCUGUUUGGCCGGUGUGUUUUCACGAGGCUUCCUGCCGAACACGUUCCGCGCAUCCAGAGGUUUUUCCAGCUGCUUCAGAACCACCCGCACCAUCCACAGCGGGCGCGCCAGGCCAACGCUGGGCUCAGGGGCAGACCCGAGCCCAGGCAGCAGCUGCGGCCGCCGGAGACAGAGCUGUUCCAGACGAUCGACGACGACGAGGUGAUGGAGGAUUUAUAA